GUCAUUGGCCAGCCGUCCGGCCAAUCACGUUGUAGUGACGCAUAGACGCUAAAGAUGGCGUCGGAUUCAAACCGAUCCGCAUCUAAUGUGAAAGCUUACUAGACUCUGCUGAGAGGCGGAGAUGCAGACUGAGCCGGCGGAGCGGAGGAGACAUUCUAGCCGGGGACGGCGAGGGGAGAGCGGCCACAGUCGAGCAGAGCGGCGGGGGAAACAGCCGAUGACCGCGGUCACUUCUGUCAGGAGCUCCGAGGAGGAGACGACGAGGUUCAAGGAAAUCUUCAGCGUCGUUAAACAGAAACAUGAGGGAGAAGGAGGAGAGACCGAGGAGGAUGAGGAGAAAGGGAGGGGGAGGAGUGGAGGAGAUGCAAGAAGGCAUAGGAGAGGGAGGAGGGCGGGGUCAGAGGUCAGAGAGAGGAGCGACGAGACGGAGGAGCGGCUGCGGUGGAGACUAAACCAGGUGGAGAAGAACAGACUGGAGCUGACGUCCACUCACAACCAGGAGAUGUGCAGGCUGCAGGCGGAGCUAACCCGGCUCAGGUCGUCAGUGGAACGUGGUGAAGCCCAGAGGGCGGAGCUUCAGUAUCAGCUGACCGCGAGUCAGCGAGUCGCCGACCGAGCCGUGGAGCUCAGCAGAGACAGACACACACUCACAGAGCGAGCGGCUCAGCUCCAGCAGAAGGUCCAGGAGCUGCAGAAAGUUCUGGACGUCACCCGUCAGGCGCGGGACGAGGACCAGCAUGCUUUGCAGCAGGAAGUGGAGGAACGCGACAAACUGAUCCAGAGUCUGGACUCAGAAAACCAACAACUGCAGCGAAUACUGCAGGAGCAGGAGGAGGCUCUGGAGUCGUCAGAGAGGAGGAUGAGGGAGGUGCAGAGGGAGAGAGAGAAGGAGGCCGAGGUGAAGAGGCGACAAGAGGACGAGCUGGAACACCUGAGCGAGAGAGAGAAGAGGAGCAGGAGGGAGAAGGAGGUGUCAGAUCAGAGGGUGAGGUCACUGGAGUCGAGCGUGGAGGCCGAGCGCGCAGCUCACCUGGAGUCAAAGUUCAACUCCGAGAUCGUCCAGCUGCGGGUGCGCGACCUGGAGGCGGCGUUGGCGGUGGAGCGGUCCGGCCAGCAGGAGGCGCAGUGCACCCUGGAGCUGCUGAGGGCUCAGUUCAGAGAGGUGGAGAGAGCCUACAGCCUGGAGAGAGAGAGGAGCAACGACACUGAGCGUACUCUGGAGCGGCUGCAGGCAGAGUAUGGUCAGUGUAAGUCUGACCUCAGUGUUGCCUUGGAAACUGAGAGGAAGACAAACUCUGACCUCUCAGAAAAGUUAGAGGAGGAAAGGAAAGGACACAUAGACACACAUGCACUGCUGGAGCAGGCAGCAAAGACUCAGUGUGAUACUGUGGAGCUUCAUGAGUGUUUUGUGCAGCAGGUCAGAGAAACACUGCAACAUCACAGCAUCACAGGCCAUGGUUCUCCUGCAGUGCAUGAUGGGAAGCCGAGUUCUGUUGAAGUGCUGCAGCAGCUGACGAUGACGCUCGUCUCCUCCCAGCGGUGUCUGGACGAGACAGAGAAGCAGAUCCAGGAUCAGCUGUCGGCGUCAGCGAGGCUGCAGGAAGAGAACCAGACGCUCCAUCAGCUGACCUCAGAUCAGAGAGGUCACAUCCAGCGAUGUCAGGAGGCCGCGGUCAGACUGGAGGACGAGAUGAGCCGCCUUCGUCAGGAGAGCUGUGAUUGGUCGACGCAGAGCCGCAGCCUGAGGGGCGAGCUGCAGAAAGAGAGGGAGGAGAGAACGAGGGAGGUGCAGAAGAUGAACGAGGACUUCCAGGAAGAGACUAAGGCCCGUCUGUCCGUCCUCCACGGUCUGUAUCAGCGCCUCCUCACCGGCGGCAGCGUCCUCCUCACUCAGCCCCACAGCAUCCUGGGUAAUUUCACCUGGAAGGAGCUGUGCGAUGUCAUCGGCGAACAUGUCGACCGGCUGACCUCUGACCUCCAGAGGGCCCAGGACAAGAUCACAGACCUGCGGGCCGCGUGCGAGAAGAAGGGCGCGUGUGUGCGCGAGCUGCAGCGCCAUCAGCAGCGCGCGCUGUCUCGUCUGGAGGACGGCGUGAGGAGCAGGGAGGACGCCUGGAGCGAGCAGCAGCAGCAGCUGCAGAGCGAGCUGCAGGUUUGUCGCUCUCAGUGCGACUCUCUCCGUGAUAACAUCUCCUCUCUGGAGCGCCAUCGCUCCUCCUUGACCUCUGACCUAUCCCGGCUGCGCGGACUCGUCUCACGCAGCCGCAGGGAGUCGUCCUCCCUCCUGUCCGCCUGCGCUCUGCUGGCCGGGGCGCUGAAAUACGCCCAGCUCCGCCUACAAACGCUCUGCGAACAGAAAACUGUCUUGUGUCGGCGUUUGGCGGAGAGGGAGGAGCUGGAGGAGGAGGUGAGGACGCUGGUCGACGCACUGGGCGGCGAAGAUGAGGAGGAGGAGAGAGGAAAGAGGGCGGCGAGGAGGUGGAGGAGGAGUGUGUGCGCAGUGCUGGCGGUGAGGAGGUGGCGUUCACUGGCGAAAAAUAGCACCGUGAUGUUUCGGCUGGAGGGAGGAGGCAGCGGUUUGGCUGUGUGUGUCUGUGGAGACACGACUACGGCAACACAGAAAGGUCAAAACUACGGCGGCGACGAAGGUCGUGAAGUUGUGUGUGCUCGGUGGCUUCGCUCUAAACGUCUCUCCUCCACCAUCGUGUCCUCCAUGGCUGACCUACAGGGGGCGCUGGCACACACUGGCUCCGCCCCUCCAGAUGUGACAUCCGCAGCCCGCCUGGGUUUGUCCCGCCUCCUGGAUCACUUCCUCAACCAAUCGCACAUGUCGUCGGGCGAGGCAGGCGGGGUCACGCUAAGCCAGCGGCUGCGAUUGACGCCUUCACGACCCAACAUGAAGGCCCUGGUGUCCACCCUCCAGCAGCACUUCCUGCUUUUCAGCCAACGGCUACACUCGGCCGAGGUGGAGAGGCGGAGUCUGAGGCUGGAGGCGUCCAACCUGAGGAGAGGACUGAGACAGGAGAAAGACGAGCCCGGCAGGACGGUCCCGGCCGAGCGUUUCCAGCGCGUGUGUUCAGAACUCCGCGAGGCUCUGAACAGAGAACAGGAAGCUCAGACGUUGAUCGGCGAGCAGACCGAGCGUCUCCGCGCGCUGCAGCUGCACGCGGACGAGCAGACGGACGCGCGGCGAGCGCUCACUCACGCCACACAGGCGCUGUCUGAGGCUCGGCAGGAAGUGAGUCGUAAGGAGCGCUCGCUGAGGAUUCUGGGUAAACACCUGCUGGCCGUUCAGAGGGAGAGGAAACAGCGGGAGAAGAGGACGCAGGUGACCGGCGUCGUCCCGCCUCCACCUGCUCGUCUCUCUGAGGAGGGGGAGGAGUCAAAUCAACCUGUGAGUUUAAUCACAGGCUCCUCCCACCCAAACCCCGCCCCCUCCACCACCCCCAGCGGCAAAACAAAGGACGUGAAAAAUGUGAAGAAGCAGAAAAAGAAGGAGAGCAGAGGACACGUGAAGAUCUGCGGGAGAGGAUAAACAAAGACGUCCUGACAACCAAAACUUUAUUUAUACGAGAGGAACAAACACACAGACAGUGGAAACUGGAAAAGUUUACAACACAACACUUUAAUACUGAUGCAUCAGCAUUUUCUUCUGUGUGUGUGUGUGUGUGUGUGUAGCCUAAAGCUGUGGCUCCUUGAAUUUUUUAUUCAUGUGUGAAUACAAAAAAUUCUCUCACACACACACACACACACACACACACACAGCUUGAGGGUGUGUGUGUGUGUGUGUCGUUUACAAAGCGACUUAAAGCUGCUGUCACACACACACACACAGUUUGUGCUGAUUCAGACAAAAAGUGGACAAAUCUUUUCACACCGAAACAUUUCGCCUUAAACACUUUAAAAAAAUGUCUUUUCAGAAUUAGUAAAUAUUUUUAAUGUGCAUUUAUGUACGGACGCACAAAAUGGUUAAAAAAUGUUUUAGAAUUAUUAAAUAAUAAGAUAAUUAUUGACAGAAUGCUAAAAUUACAAAUAUAUUUUUGUGUUUUUAUGGAUUGAAAUACGAAUCACGUAACCAUGUUUGAGUUUGACGUGUGUUUUUUCAUCUCUUUUUUUUACAUUGAUGGUCAAAAAUUCUAAAAUAUUUUUGCGAUUUUUUUAAACGUGGACGGAAAAAUUAAUCGUGUUAAAUU